CCCUUUUUAAAUUAGAGUAAUAGCGGGUUCGUUUUGUCAAAGUCAUUGUCAAUCUGACGUUGACAUUUUGAUUAUGAUUUAAAAAUUGUAAACAUUCAGAGUCCAGAUUUAUUUCUUGUGAAUUUGGUGUUGUAGUUAAUUUUUAUAGGCGUAAAUUAUGGAAAACAUAUGAAAUUUUAAAAUCAAUUUCGUAUAUGUAAUAGAACUCACUUUGUUUGCAACUUCUAACCUGCAAAAUUGGCAAUGUCACAUAUUAACGAUAUAAUAGGUGUAGUGCGGGGUCUGCGGUUAGUGGUUGAAGCAGGCUUAAAACUACAACAAGAAAAUUCUAGAGUAAUAUGGAAUAACUCUUCUAUCAAAAGUAUUGUACAAAAUUGUCCAACUAACACUAUAUCAGCUUACAAACCUAAGCCUGGGGAUGCCAAAGAUUUGCUUGAGAGAGCCUUGGUUGUUGCUCAAGGCUUUAGACAAUUUGCUGUCUUACAUAUUUCAAAUUUUAAUGCUGAAACAGAAACACCUGAUGAAAUGGAUAAUGAACUAAAGGAGGAAAUAGAAGAAUUGAAUAGAGAGUUUAAUAAGACAUUUGAGACAUUGAAGAAGUCUCAAGACCAUAAGUCUAGUCUUUCUUCAACAAGUACCCAUUAUGUAUCACCACUUACUAAACUACAAGAUAAAAGUAAGGAACAACCUUCACCAAUUUCUCAUGAGACAAUUACAAUACCUAAAAUGGCUCCACUUUCUAAAUUUGAAAUGGAGAGACCUGAAUAUGUUGCAAGCGGGUCAAAAGAAACUCCAAAAAAACCAGUAGCUAAGAAAAAAAUAAGAGUAGCGCUAAGUGAGAAUUCAAAGGAACGGGUUGUGCCUUCAUCGCGAAUCGGCAGAAUGAUAUCUUUUGGAUCAUUAGCUGCUGGUCUAGGGGUUGGCACAGUUGCACAGUAUGCUCGCAACACAAUACAAUCAGUUACUGGGAAAACUGACGAGUCUGCCAAUGCUUUCCUGUCACCAGCAAAUGCUGAACGUAUAGUGGAUACACUGUGUAAAGUCAGAGGUGCUGCAUUGAAGUUAGGUCAAUUGCUUAGCAUACAAGAUGACACCAUGAUAUCACCAGAGCUGCAGCGUAUUUUCCAACGAGUGCGACAAUCUGCUGACUUUAUGCCCACAUGGCAGGUGGAGAAAGUAAUGUCCAUGCAGUUAGGCCCUGAUUGGAGAUCAAGAGUUCAGCACUUUGAAGAAAAGCCAUUUGCUGCCGCAUCAAUUGGUCAGGUGCAUUUGGCCAUGUUGCAUAGUGGUCAGGAGGUGGCUAUGAAAGUUCAAUAUCCUGGUGUUGCUAAAGGCAUCAAUAGUGAUAUUGACAACCUAGUUGGAGUACUAAAGGUAUGGAACAUGUUUCCCAAAGGCAUGUUCAUAGAUAAUAUAGUUGAGGUUGCUAAGAAGGAGCUCGCCUGGGAGGUAGACUACGUCCGCGAAGCCGAGUGUACCAGGAAAUUCAAAAACUUAUUAGCACCGUACCCCGAGUAUUUCGUGCCUGAAGUUAUAGACGACCUCUGCGCCUCCGAAGUGAUCACCACAGAGUUGAUAGACGGCAUGCCUCUCGAUAAAUUGUUCGACGCUCCGUACGAAACUCGCGUCGAUAUCGCAUCUAAAAUCAUGCGACUCUGCCUUAGAGAGAUGUUUGUUUUACGCUGUAUGCAGACCGAUCCGAACUGGGCCAAUUUCUUUUACAACCCGACCACCAAACAGGUAAUUCUCCUCGAUUUUGGAGCGACUCGUGAAUACUCCAAAGAAUUCAUGGACCAAUACAUUGAGAUCAUCAAAGCGGCGUCGGAGGGCAACCGCGACGGCAUUUUGAUGAUGUCACGCGAAAUGAAGUUUCUCACCGGAUACGAAUCAAAGAUCAUGGAAGAGACCCACGUGGACACGGUGAUGAUUAUGGGGGAGGUUUUCACCAGCAGUGGGGACGGAGAAUUCGACUUUGGCACUCAGAAGACCACGCGUCGUAUACAGGCUUUAGUACCGACUAUACUGACUCACAGACUGUGCCCGCCGCCCGAGGAAAUAUAUUCGUUGCAUAGGAAACUGUCGGGUGUUUUCCUACUGUGCUCCAAAAUGAAAGUGAAGAUGAACUGCCGUGUGAUGUUCGAACAAAUCUACGAGCAAUACAAGGCGGACAGCUAUAGGUAAGUUGUAUGUUGGCUGGAAGAUUCUAGAGUACCUGUAGGUCACACUGAAUGUCGACUGUCUCCUUCGACAAUUUGGUUUUAUUGGUACAUCGCAUUUUUUUGUAAUUACAUAGCAAUUAGUCACUUUGGUAUACUAGAGAGAAAGAUGGCGCAAACGAUAACACUGAUAUGUGAAAACCAUCAAGUCUUUGUAUGUACGUGUGUUACAAACACACACAUUUGUGUAAAUAAGGAAAGUUUAUAACUUAAAAGAAAAUAAGCUCUAAAAGUGUAAUGUGUAACUGCUUAACUACUCUCCACCUGAGAAGAUUGCUAAUUUUCCUACCGUCUAUUAGCAUAAAAACAUCACGCGAACUUUUAUUUAUAUCUAGUGACUCGCCCUCGUCUAGCUUCCGUGUAGGCUAGUUUUUGUUCUAGAACUUGUAUUAUACACAGUCAGGUCAUAAAUUCUGUCACAUGUUUAAUAUAAAAUAAUUGAAACAAGUUUAUUCAUUAUGUAACCAUUUAUAUACCAAAAUGAACUUAACAAAACAUAGAUAGAUUCUUAUGACAAUAAAGUUUAUUCAAAAUGACCUCCGUGAUUUUGACAGGCCUUCAUUCUGCGCGGCCAGUCGUCUAUCGCAGCACGAACGAGGUCCAUGUCAAUAUCGGCGGCUGGUUAAUCAAGGAUGUCUUGAGUGACUCCAAAUUCGGAUGAGGCUUUGAGCACGCCUUUUCCUGCAAGUGUUGCCAUAUCUUGAAAUCUAACGGACUCAAAUCUGGACUGGAGGAGGGCCAGUCUUCGUGCCGGAUGAAGUCGAUUUCACAGUCGAUUUUCAGUCUUGUGUGCUCUUCGCUCUAUGAGCUGGUGCCGAAUCUUGUUGGAAUACCCAGUGCCUUUUAUUGAACAUGGUAUGAGAAACAGGUUCCACAAGGUUCGUCAGGACUGUAUUUUGAUACACAACUGCAUUCGUUUUUACACCUUUCUCACAAAAAUGUACCUCGGUUAAGCCCCAAUAAGAAACUCCCAACCAUACCAUGAGCGAGGAUGGAAAAUGACCUCGUUGGACACGCGAAAUACGGUUUCUCGCUUCUUCACUACUGUGUGCGUACACCUUAUCAUUUUGUUUGUUGUAGCUCUCUUCUACGGUAAAAAUUUUUUCAUCCGAAAAAAGAAUUUCCCGAUAUUUUUUUCCCGCGUACCGCUUCAACAAAGCGCGGCAUCUCUUCAGUCUCAGGUCCAAUAGACGAGCAUUCAAACGAUGUCCUGUUUUUCUUCGAUAUGCCCGAAGCCCUAAUUCUUCAUUUAACACCCUUUUCACCGUGGUUCUGUUUAACCCCAUCUGAAGGGCCAACAGUUUCUGCUUACGUUUGGGAUUUCUUUGAAUUUGCGCCUUCACAGCUUUUAUCACUGCUGGAGUCCUAACAGACCGAGGGCGACCACUUCUUGACCUGUCAUCUACACUAGAGUCUUCAUUGUAUCGUUUGAUGGUACGAUAAACGAAUCUUUUAGUUAUAUUAAAAUUUUUCAGUAUGUCAAAAUUUGAAUUGGCGCGUUACCGCAACGAUACAACGCAAUAACUGCAACACGGUCUUCGUUAAGCGUCCACUCCAUAUUUAAAAAUGAGUAAAAUUCUAAAAAGUAUACAUUUUUAUUUUCAUGAGCAAUUCGAAUUCAAUAAACUUUUUUGUGGCCAGCAUUCUAAAAGUAAAGUUUUUACUGUGUGACAAUACUUAUGACCUGACUAGGUACAUUAAAACUUUCAAAGAAAAUAUUAUUUAAUUGUCGGUAACAAAUUCGUUGCACGGCUUAGGAGGAGUUAGCGGGUAUGCAGACAGACAGAUUGAAUGGCUCUAAAGAAUAGUUAAAUACAAACAUUGAACAUUACCUAAAUCGAAAUUAUAAAUCCAUUGAUGUCUAUACAUAAUUAAUUUGAUAAUAAUUAAUUUAAAGGACAAUGUUAAAAUUGGCCUUAGAACCAACACCAAUUUGGCAUUUAUGAUAAUUCUUAGUAUAUUUUUUGCGAUAAUUAUCAGUAUUUAGAUUGUGACGGACACUUCCAGUUAAGUAAGCUAAAUUAAAAAGUUAAAAAAUAAUCUGAGACAAUAAAUACCAUUUUAUGUGUAUAAUCUAUGACAGCGCUGCAAACAAAUCCCGAUUUCUUCCUAAUGCCGGUACUUCACUUGGCUUAGUUUUCCAAUUACAGAGCAUAAUGCGACUCAGUGGCGCACAAUGCCGAUGCUUAAUUGGAACGUGAAUUAGUUUUCAAAUGCACCAGCAGAGUGCGCUAAGUCAAUGUUUGUACCUUCAUCCAUACUUAUAUUUAUUUUUUUAACACAGUUUGAAUUAACUUUGAUUAUUUUAAAAGAACUACAAUGAAACGAAAGCUUUAAAAAAAUUUCAACAAAACUUAAAGAAAAAACACUUGUUAAUUUUCUGUCACUGAGUUGGUAGAUUGCACGCAUCACACGAAAACAUUAGGUACUUUUGAGAGUGCUCGAUUGUGCGAAGCGUUGCUGUAGUUGAAAUAUUCAACGUUAAGCAUUAUGCCGCUCAUAUAAUUCGCUCUAGUGCUGUAAUUGGAAAACUACCCUUAUUAAGCAUGACAAGGACAAACUGUUGUCAAGUGAAGGGCCAGCAUAAAACUCGUUACUCUGUGGUUGUGGUGCUGGCAGUUUGCAUUCGUAGUAAUCUGUGGCAUUCGUUCAUUCCAAAGCGGAUUACCUGUUGUGUGUGUUUAUUUGCGAUUGUUUUUCCUUUAAUUUAACUAUUUUGGCUAUCUAAUAUGCCAUCAAUGUUACCAAAGAGAAGAACCCUUAUUACCAAGUGCUAGUGAACCUGUGCCACAACAUCCUGCGAGGAUCAUACUGCUUAAUUAUUCAAGACCACAACACCCGAUUCACAUUCACGCUGCAUGUUUACACAAUAUACAUGUGAUAUACAAAUAAAUACAAUAUACAAUAUUAUACAACUACGUGAAAAAUAGUCAAUAAAUAAGAUGCGAAACUACAGUUUUUAUUUUAUUCAUGAUUCCUACCUAACCAAGUUUUUCCUAAUAGAUAUUCUUUAAAAUCGCACCGAAUAAAAUGAAUUUGUUGUAAUAUUAAUUUACUUUAUACUGAG